UAGUUAGCCGCCACGCCCUCUCUGUGAGUGUGUGUGGGCGUUACGUAAGCCUCUACGCAGGACAUUUGAGACAGGAAACUUCUGCGUGCUCGGUUAGCCUGUCGUUGUGUUUUCACCUGAGCUGCCAACCUCGUACUCUAGCUGCCACAUUUAAGUUUGCAGGAUGGUGGCACUCUCCAAAGAAUACGGCUAUGUGGUGCUGACUGGGGUUGCCAGUAUGGCCAUGAUUGGACAUCUGGCCAUGAAAGUUGUCCAAGCCCGCAAGAAGUACAAGAUUGAUUACCCUCAGAUGUACAGCGACGACCCAGAAAAUGGAAACCUUUUCAACUGCAUCCAGCGGGCACACCUAAACACCCUGGAGAACUACCCCGCCUUCCUUUUCUGCCUGGCAAUUGGUGGACUGCAUGCUCCUCGUCUUGCCAGUGGAUUUGGAGUUGUAUGGAUAAUUAGCAGAGAGGUGUACGCACACGGAUACUCCACAGGAGAUCCCAAAAAGAGGAUGCGGGGAGCGUUCGGCAACGUGGCUUUCCUCGGAUUGAUGCUGACCACAAUCUGCCACGGCCGCACCCUGCUGGGCUGGACCGUACCCCGCAUGGGCCCCUUCCGUCAAGUUAGCUGUUGCUAAAAAGGACCAAAUCUUUAGGAUGCUCUUUCACUUGAUAAUCAAAGCCACUCUACGUAACCCUUGCAAUAUGCAUGCUAACCCAAGACCAAUUUAACAAUUUAGAGUUCAUGUCGUCAAGUGACCCGACCAGUUCUCCAGGUAGUGAAAUUCCUCAUUUAGAAAAAUGAACAGGGUGUAGUAACUGGUCGGCGCUCCCAUGAUCUUUAUCAAGCACUCAGAUUCAGACAUUUGUACUUGAAUAUUCCUUUAUAUUUUUUGUAAGAGAAGAUGAAGAUGCUGUAAUAAAAAUGUUUGCACAUUAAAUAAAACUUGACAAUGGUUUGUCAAAACUAUUGCCGUUCCUAAGUAAAAAACGA